UUAUCUCAAGGGAAAUAGUUGUGCAGCAGUUGCAGUACAAAAUAGGAAAGAGUGCAACUAUAAAAUACACACAAUAUUUAAUUAAAACAAGUUAACGGUAAGGAUCAUUCUUGGUGAGUUGCAUAUAGAAAUGUAUGUAAUAUCAGAUCUGAAGUACAGGUAAGUGUUUAUGGUUAAUAUGUUCAUGAUUAUGUCCGUUAUGAGUUGAUUGUAAUCCACAGAGUGUAUUCAGAUGAAAGUUCACCUUGAAUCCUCCUUUAUUUGUUGUGCUUAAUGAUGCAAUCUGAGCAGUUUUACAGACUUCCUGUUUUUCCCUCGAGGCACCUGGAAGUGAACUGGAGUUUCACUCUAGCAGCUCCGCCCUCCUGCUCUCAAUCCUCCACUUCCUGCUUCCACUUUGUCCUUCGAACUAAGUCAGACUGCACAGAUGUGACUUUACCUGCAUCUGGAAACAGCAGCUGGUGUUUCAUUCAAACAAGUGGAGCAGACGACAGACUGCAGAAAAACUUCAAACUUCAGCCUCUUCAUUUUGUCUUUUUUGGAAUUAACCAUCGAUUUUUGGAUCUUAAACUACGUCCGACGACCGAACACUAAACUUUCAUCAAGUAGAAGACGUCACCACAGUUAUCGGGUGGAUUAUUGUGAAAGAAAAAAACAUAAACAAUGGAAAACUUAUUUGAUUUUGAAGGCGGCUCUGUGGCCUACGGCGUAUUUACCGCUUCAACUGACCAAAAAGACGAACUCAUAACAAGUCUGACGUCUUUCGUACGUCUCUACGGUCAACGUAGAGAUUAUCUUCAGAGAGCUUCGGAGAGCUUCACACUGGCGGCUGCUCGACUUCAUGACGAACACGAGGACAUUGCUGAGAAUAAGCCGGUCCGAUGUCUGUUCAGUGUGUUCGGAGGAGUUCUCGGUGCAGCUUGUGGUGCUGUAACUGGUGGAGUCGGGGGGGCAUUGGGGGCAGUUAGUGCUGCAACUUGCACCAGGUUUUGUGGCCAUAUUAACGCCCUCGGUGCAACGUUCGGCUUUGUCGGCAGCGUGUUAGGUGGUGUAGUUGGAGGAACAUUCUGCGGCGCUGUCGGCGGUGCCGUCUGCGCUGCAGCUACUGGUGGUCCAGUUCAUGGUGUAGUCAGCGAUGUAGCAUGGUUCACCAUCGGCGGUGCAACUGGUGGUGCAAUUGGUGGUAUUUUUGGCGGGACGGUCGGCGCAGCAGGCGGCGCAGUCGGUGGUGCUUUCGGAGCGUUGUGCGCUACGAGGUUUGCAGUUUUUUUAGUUGGUCAUUUUUGUAGAAAGAAAGAUUCAAAAGACGAGAAAACAAAGUCGAUGAAGGUGAAGAUGAUGCAGAAAAGUGGACAUUUCAGUGAAACUAUCAAACCGCUGGUGGACGAGCUGAAAACAAUCAAAACCGUUAGCGACAAAAUGGCCUCCGCUGCUGCCGUGCGCGGCGUAGCUGGACAAACCGCCAAGACUCUGACUUCUGUGACCGCGAUGGAGAAAAGUAUCAGUGACUCUCAGAGGGCCUCCGAUCUGCUGCAGUUUGUCUCCAGCGUUGAAGAAGCAGCGAGACAAAGCAGGAGAAUCACAGAGGACCUGGAGACGACGAGAGCAGAAGUGGAAACAUAUCUGGUUUCAACGAGGAAACUCUGAGGCUGCAAAACAAGAACUGGAAUAAACCUGUUGAACUGCAUUCAAACAGAGAAUUAUGUAGAAGAUAAUAUAAGAACUCAAUUAUCAGUUUGAUUCUGUAUUAAAACAUCACUCACAGUUUGUACGGAGUUCUUCAGAAUGAAUGAGUUUUAUCCUCCAUCGCUUACAUUGGAGUUAGGAAGAGAUCUCUUAAUGACCUUUAUGAACAGGAGGAAUGAUUACAGUAACUAUAAACACUUUCAUUGUAAGUAUGGGCCUAUGGAGGACAGAACCUGCCAAAAUAAAUGAAUGAAUAAAUAAAUGACUCGAUAAAUAAAUAAAUAAAAAUGUCGUUAAAUGUAGCAAAAAUAUUACAAAUAAAUGUAGCCAUUAAUUAA